AUGUCGUCCACCGGCUACGUGGCUGCUUCUGUAUGUGCCCUGGGCGUCGUGGUGGCACUUUUCUGCAUCGCUCACAUCGCCAACGAUAUUUCCGCACUACAGAAUGAAAUCCACAGCGGAAUGGCCGAGUUCCAAGAGAUUGCUGAUGACACCUGGGAUCGUCUACUCGUGUUGCAAAGCCCUACAGGCGAAUCAAAAGCUCCCGUAAUGGCAAGCCUGUUCCGUCCAAAGCGUUACAUCUUUCCUGACAGUUGUCAGUGUGCAAUUGCUUCUGUCGGCUGCCCUCCAGGACCACCUGGACCGCCUGGACCUCCCGGAGCUCGUGGCCUUGAAGGAGUGGCAGGAGAACCGGGUAGACCAGGAGCAUCCGGCAUCAGCCUAGUCGUCACGCAGCACAUUCCUGGAGGUUGCAUCGUCUGCCCACCGGGUCCACCUGGAAGGCCCGGACCGGAAGGUAAUCCAGGCGAACCCGGCUACCCAGGCAUCGUCGGCAUUGUCGGGCCACCUGGCCUCGAUGGCGACAUCGGAGCGCCAGGACCUGAAGGAAAUCAAGGUCCUCAAGGUCCCCCAGGUUUCGACGGUCCCAACGGACCAGACGGUGUACCCGGAUUUUCCUACUUCCCCGGAUCCCCCGGUCAAUCCGGAGAGCCUGGAUGGGCC